CUCAUGGCUACCUACGCAAAUACCUUCCCUCCCAACAUAGGUUCUGGUUUUAUUCUUCAAUCCAUCUCCUCUUCUUGUUUCCAGGAAUAAGCCAUACAGAUUCAAGGUUAUAUCUACGGUCUGCAGAUUAGAGCUUGAACUCCAUACGACUAAGAUACUUAGUGCGGUCGAACUCAAUCAACGACGACAUUCUCUUCGCGGAUCAUCCAAACAUGGUGGUGGCGCCUCCGCACGGAGCCGCUUUUGAGGCCGCGAUCCAAGUAACCCCCAUUGACUCGCACCAAUAUUCGGCCUAUCUUCAGCAUGAGUGGUGUAUUGGAGCAGUGCCGCAUGGAGGCUAUAGUAGUGCCAUCAUCUACCGCCUGGCCUUGACACACUUCGCUCAUACGCAUCCGCAGCAGUAUCGAGACCCAGCCACGCCGAUUUCCAUGCAAUUGACGUUUCUGCGACGGACAGCAGUGGGACCAGCCCUGCUGAACGUGCAGGAUGUUAAGAUUGGGGCGCGAACGAGUACCAUCCACGUGACUUUGUCACAAUCCAAGAAUUCGAAUAUGAAGACACAGUCACAGACCGGAGAAGAGGAGCAAGAGGUGAAAAUAGCGGGGUAUAUCACAGUGAGUCCGGCCCAUGCGGAAAUUGGGUUGACGGCUCCAACGGGGUGGAUGCCAUUACCGGAGCCGGCACGAGGUUCACAGCCAGACAGGGGAGUGAACCUGGUAGCAUUGGGGGAGUACGGCCGCGACGGCGAGUGGAAGCGGAUACAGCUGCCGUUUCCCGAGUUUCGGCGUGCGACGCAGCAUGUUGACUUGUACGGUCCCCGACAGCCUCAAUCCAUGGCGGCUGUGGACCAGUGGGCCCGAUUUCGGCCGGGGGGUGACCAGAUGGCGCGCUGGUCGAAUGAAGCGGUGGUGUAUUUGACUGAUACGUUCCCCCUGGCGUUGUCUGGGCUAGAUCGGAUGGCCGUAACGGCAGAGGGCGAUGGCAAGAUCGAGAGUCGGCAUUGGUAUCCAACGGUGGUUUUGAAUAUCGAUUUCAAGAAGCGGUUACCGGCUACUGGCGAAACUUGGUUAUAUAGUCGAGUGCAAACGGUCUCGGUGCGGGAAGGUCGGACGGAUCUGGGGGUGAUCAUAUUAGACGCAACGGGGCAAGUGGUGGCCAUGGCGACGCAAGUGGGUUUGGUGGUAAGUGCCAGUCGCAAUCUAGGAAAUAGAUCAAAGCUGUAGAACUUUCUUCAAGGGGAAGGUACCAGUGCAAGCAUGUAAAGAGUAUUUCGACUGAUGGACAUAGUGAGUUUAUGCUGACUCAAUGGUUAAACAGCGAUAUACAUAAUACAUAUAGCUAUAUGCAAGAACAUAAGCGGCAUCAUAGUCUGCCGAAAGGCUGUUGAAUGCGCGAGAACCUGCUCUCAUCUCGGAUGCGGCUCCAAUUCACAAAGAUGCCUUCGUUUGCAGCCAGAAGGCAAUUGCAUCGGUAGUGACACUGAGCUGGCCCUCAGGCGCUUCGUCUGGCUGCAGAAUUUGAGCAUGUACCCAGAACUUGCGGCCUACCCGAGCCAGGACUUUGGCUUGAACGAGCGCAUAACCUGGUACCGUGACGGGGGCGCGAUACCGAAUGUCCAGCUGGGCAGUGUAUAGCAUGCAACGCGGAUGGUGGGCGGAGAGAGCC